UUUUUAACCAAUUAGUCAACAAGCCCAUAUACAGAUCCAAAAAGAGGCCAGGCAGCUCUCCUCUGAAAAAGGAAAUGAAAAACAUCUUUUUUGCGAGGAGUUUGAGUGCGGUAUUAACUUAUCCCGGUGUUUUGCAGGACUGGGGGCAGUGGAAUGUGGUGAUAACAGGGUCUGCAGCUCAGUUUGGAGAGAAGAGGACGGCGCCUCUCAUACAGACAUGUCCAGAGGGAGGGCUGUAUCGGAGUCUGCUCUUAUCGAUUGUGGAAAGGAACAAUUUGCUUUCAGCCUCCUUUGCAUAGUAAGAGUAUGCUGUCAUUCUUUUUCUUUCGCUCUAUCUCCUUCUCUCUCAUUCUCAAUAUCAGUCUGUCUAUCUACUUUUUUUUUUACUUCACCUUAUGUAAAGUAGAUCACGAGAAGGACAUGUAGAUAAUUUCCCGGUGAUUAUUGUUUAAAACUUUUUUUAAAGCUUGUAUUAUUAUCCUAGGUGAAUCUUAAUACAGAUGUGUAAGCUCAGAAACAAAACAAAACAGAAAUGUAAAGUGAAUGCAUCUUUCCGAGCUAUUAUCCUUAUCUUGUUUCUUUGACAGUGUCUCAUUCCCUCCAUCUCGCUGUCUGCUCGUAGUUUUGCUUUUCCUACCUGUCGGUCUGUCUGUCGUUUGGCUGAUUAGAUUUUCUAAUGACAGCGAACGUGCAAGUGCGCGAGCACCCACCCCUUACAGCGCAUGCUCGUGCGGAGGACCAUCAUCCAGCAUCCCCAUCCUCAUCCUCCCUUCCCUGUGUCGAGCUCCGAUGUGCGCUCGAAGCCGGGCGCGCGUUGCACGAGGGCUGGCGGCGAACGUCUGCGACUCACGUGCAAACAAGCGUGCAGGGGCAGGGCGUCCGUGGACCGGGAGAACCUUACCUGUGAAGCAUCACUGAAGCAGCAGUCGUGCCAGAGUGACUCCACUUUAUCAUCAGUCGUCUUCCCACCCUCGCUCGUGGAUUUAUUUGGAGCUGUUGUGAGUUGUCAAGGAAACGACAUACUACCAUUUUUUUCUUGUAUCUGUCACUUAUUUUUCUCGUCAGUAUUACUUUUUUUUUAAUUUUUGGAGUUCAGGAAUUGUAAGCUGAUCUGUUGGCAUUUGAUGCGGAGUCUACAGCACCACGACAUUUAAUUUCACACAGUUUGUGAUAAAAGUCAUCUAAGAAUCAAGUGCGGCAACGCGUUGGGGAAAUGAUUUUUAUGUAGUCUAGAACUCGAAAUAUGUUUGUGGUUAGGAUAGUCCAUGUGUUGUAGAAUAGGGAUGAUUGUACCUGAAACUAAAGUCUCCAGGUGGGCGUAGUGUUGUAAUAAGGUUAAAUUAAUUUCAGGAAAUUGUGCAUUUUCUGUUGGAAGAGAAGGACUGAUCGCAAGGUCUUUCAUCUGAAAUGUUGUCCAUCAAGGUGUGCCACAUGAAAAAGAUUUAACUCGAUAUCGAGUGAUUUUUUUGGAGAUUCUUGUUCAUCAGAGAUCGCUACAGGAAUAUUUUUUAAAAAAUAAUUCUUAUUUCUUAUUUAUCAAAAAACAACAGUGUGUUAUCUCGUGUUUUCCUGUUGGCAAAACUCCGUUUUCAAACUUGUGAUGUGGGCUGCGUUAUCAAUUCGUGAAUUUUUGCCGCACUUCCGGAAUGAGCAAAGAAGUGGGAGUUGUACUUAAGACAUCAUCUUCCAUUUCCCUGCGCCCUCGGAUCUGAUGUCGCCUGUGUUGUGUGAUCCUUGGGAAAUUCUUCGCUGUUUCUGCUGUAAUUGGCAAAAAAACAUUGUAUAGCAGAUUACGACCUCCAACGACUGGAGCUCACCGAUAGACUUGACACUUUCCCUCCUACUGUUCUCGUGAGUAUUUUUUAAAAAAGUUUCUUACUCGCACAGAGCUUCAGACUGUCAAAAGGUCUUCCUUUGAGUCGAGGAUGCUGUGGUUGGAGACUGUGACAGAGGGUGGAUAAGGCGUCUGCCAGGCAGGGGCCAAGGGACGUCUGCCUCAGGCGUUCAAUGGUGCGGGUCGAAAGGUCAAACGAAAUUGCACGUGCACACGGGGGGCAACACACCGAUGGAUGGCGAAGGAGUGUCGAGGAGUACCUCGGGGCUAGCAGGCCAGGUUUUCUGGGUGCUAAUUACUGUGGUCGCCGCUUCCCCUGACGUCCGGAUCCUGGAACCCGAGUUCAACCCCGUGCCGAGCAAGAUGAUCUACACCAGGGGGGACACUGCCAGACUCUUCUGUUCAGUCUCCAACCUCGGUGAGCGGACGGUUGUAUGGCGGAAGCUACCCAGUCCCAACCCCCUGACUAUAGGGCUGGACACGUGGGUGGAGGACGAGCGGAUCCACGUGGAGUACGUGCACAAGGCCGAGCAGUGGAACCUCAUCAUCGACCAGGUCAACGCCGCGGACCAGGGUGACUACGAGUGUCAAGUCAGCAUCACCCAGAGGAAAUUACGUCAAAAUAUCAGACUGGAGGUCAUGGAUUUUCCUGUAAAAAGACAUCCAGAAAUUCUCAUCAGCGGGGUGCAGUUCGUGGCCAGCGGAAGUGACCUUCAUCUCUAUUGUAAUGCCAGCUUGCUGAGCGACAGGCAUCAGAUAUUACAGUGGGUCAAAGAUGGCAACCUGCUGGAGAGAGACCCACGAAGACGAGUCAGCAUCCAGUCGCAGAGGUCGAGGACCAGCUCGGCACAAAGCAGUUUGCUGGUGGUGCGUGAGGUCACCGUCGAUGACGGAGGAGAGUACGUCUGCAGAAGCAGCGAUCACACGCAUGUGACCUCAGCCCACGUGACUGUUUUGACAGCUGGCUCCAACAACGUCAAGCGUGGUGAGUACGAUUCAGACACUGGGUCUAUGAUGCUAGAGAGCCGUGCUGUAGGUUGCCUACCUAAAGACAUCACAACGGUUGUAGUGCUGUUGACUAUGUUCAUCUGUCACGUCCUCUUCACGUGAGACCCACGUGAGGGAAGUAGAACACUGCGGCUAAGUGUGGCUCGGUCCGGAGUCUUUCAGGCGGAGACCGACUCGACCCUCGUCAGGCUGCGGCUGCUGAGGCUGGUGUCUGCUGAGUCAUGCUGUGUGUGAUUGACGUGCAACUUAUGAAACCGUUGGUGCGUUUUUGGCACAACCCCCAAAGCUUACACUUCAAAGAGAUGACGUAUUGAGUGCUCUCCCCUUUUUUCCUCCCUCCCCCCCCUCAACCCUUCUGUCUCUCUUUCACUGAUAAUACUGCUGGCGUGUUCGUCUGAUCAACAAAAGCCGCAUCUCCGAAGCAGGUAAACAGUGAAGCUGUGGUUUCAGGUCUCUUGUUACACCAUCAGGACGAGAACGACAAGUAGACCUUGAGAUGGAAUCCUCUUCUUGUGCUAAGUGAAUACCUCGUCAACCAUCACCAGGUCUGUUCUCACCUUGGGUACACUACACGUGGACAGUUACCUAGACAUAUUUCAUGACGUCGGAAAGAUGGAGGACAAGGUUAAAACCCGGAUGAAAUGUUUUCCAACAAAUUGAGGAGGUUUCAAAAACAGUUAUCUGUUUCGAAGAUGACAUUUAAUUGCGCCGUGUGUGUUUGAUUGAAUUCUUCAGUAGAUUAAGGUCCAGAUUUUUUCCCUUGAUAAUCUAUACGAGGCAGAUGUUGCGAACUGGACGGCAAGCGGGUCGAAGGGGACAGUGAUGCUUGAUGUGAGGAACAGAUAGACAGGAUGGUGAAAUCUCACAGAGAGUGAUGAAAGCCGAGUUUUAAGGCAGCAUACUACAAAGAGAUGUCUGGAACAUUGCAAAGUUAAAAUCUGAGAAAAUUCGGCGAAAGCCUUGAUGGGCUGAAUAUCUUGAUGUUCUUUGUUUACACACUUUGCCUGUAUCGUCUUCAGUGUAAGGACUACAUCCACAUUCUCAGUUUUACAACCAGCACCUACACAGUUUGGGAUCGGGGUCAGUCUUUCAAAAUACCUACUUCACUAAUUCCUAAUUAUCCACACACUCAAACCCACUCACACAUUUACAAGUUUAUCUACAGAGUUGGUGUGUGUGAACAAACCUUCUUUCAGUUUGUGUUAAAACCUUUAAAGAUUAAUCACUAAUAGGUAGAACGAUCAAAGGACAGACUGAACACAAUGAACAACUGGUGCUGCCAUGGCUUCAAAGAAAACCUCAUCUUCUAAGACCUCGUUUUUGUCAUUUUACUGUCAGCACCUCGGGAGGACAUUAAAAGGUCAAAAAACAUCUUCAGUUGCCUCGGCCAGGAUCCCAUCUGGCAUCGGUGCGAACCUGUGCACAGACCAUAAACUCUUGGUGCGGGGGCGAAGUGUUUGGCAAACCUACUUCCAGCUCACAGAGAAGCUGUCUACUUACUGAACUUAUUUCCCGUGAGACAUUGCCCCUCACAACCUCUACAAACAUAGGUUUGUACGAUUUACUCGUUUUGCCUUCAGACAUUGUGGUCAUUGUUUGAAGAAUCGUCGGCAACUCGAAACCCUUUUGAAGAUGGACGCGGAAUUUUUUUUUUUUUUUCCAAAAGGAAGUGGUGUUGAUGACGAUGAAAGGGUAAAGAGUGUUGAUUCAUCUUGUUUUUCUGAUGAAACUUUAAAGAAGCUGGUUAAACUAACGCAUCUCACGUGACAUUAAACCAUUUUUUUACUUCCGGUUGGACAGGAUUGAUGUGAUCUGUGUAUGCGCUCAUCGACAGUAGAAGUAGCAGAUGUUACACUGCCAUUCCAUGAUGUUAAUUCCUUACAUUUGUUUGUUACUUUGUUUAUUUUGUUUUUGUUUUUUGUUGGUUUUUUUUUGUUUUUAGGUUUUGUUUUUUGUUUGUUUAGUGUUAUUUUAAUUUAUUCUGGUGUUUUGUAUGAGCAAAUCACUGGUCAUUACUAGCAGCUUGUUACAUUAGAAAUAUGUCAUGAUACUAAAAUUAGACGAUUCGAGUGGCAUAGUAAAGUCCAUUGCACUGAUUUAUUUAUUUAUUUAUUCCUUUCCUGUCCCAAUUUGAACCACCUUUACCUCGUAAAUUUUUGUCUGCUUUUCCUUCUUUGUUUUAUCCAGGUAAGUAAAUUGUUGGACGUUUGGCACUCGUUACCCACCACUGUACGAAACUCACCAUUCAUUCAUCAUCCAUGCACCCUUUACUUGUGUACUAGACAUCAGUAAAUUAUUAUUUUUAUCUCAGCAUCCAUUGCAAGUUGCAGUCUCUACCCUGCGAGCUCGACAUGAGGGAAUAUUUACGGACAGAGCCAGAAUCAACCAGAUUCCUAUGUAGAUAAUUUGAUAGUUAUUUUUGUUGAUGUUUUCUUUGUAUUAGACCGAACAUGUUUGGUUAUGUAUUCUUGGAUUCUGAAUGGUGAAGUGUGUGCAUGGGUGUGUUAAUAUGUGUGUGUGUGUGUGUACGCGUGUAUGUAAGAGAAUUUUUAUCUCACAUGCAAGAUCAACAUGCCUUGCAUCGAGUUGUAAAUAUUUGUUUUUGUAUAGCAUCUCUGACAGAACUAAGUGUUGAUGAUAAAGAUGCACUAUUUACACAGUAUCAUGCUUGCUAGAGUAAUUAAGGACUUAAUUAAAGAAAUCAUUUCCUGGUUUAUUUUAUCCUGUUCAUGUGUAGUCUUUCUCAACGGUUUCGCCACAAAGAUUUCUCCUUAUAAACCGCGCGGAGAUCUGCAAACAUAUUCAAACAAAAAC